CGAAUAAUUAGAUAAACAGGUAUAUACAACUAAAUGAGACACAGUUAAUUUUAAGUAAAAGUAAGAGAAAGAUAAAAAUUUAUUUGCUUUUUGAAAAAUCUACAUUUUGAGCUACCCACAAGUCUGCAUGAAAGCUGCUAUGAAAGUGAGAAUUGUAUUUUGUGCUUCAGCUUUAACUCUUAAUUUGUCAGACAAUAAACUUUCAACAGAUUUUAAAAUGCAAAGGUAGCCAGUGGAGAAACUCUAAAAUUGUUUUGCUGUAGGCUUGCUUUUCUGUUGCAGCAUAAACAACAAUAAAAAACAUCUUACCUUUCGCCAGUUUUAAACUUUAAACUAUUUGUUGUUGAUGCUGUUCUUAGAACAUAUUUUGUCACUGAAUUUUAUCCAAGCAGUAGGAAGGAAAGGCUUUUCUUAGAGCCUGUCGGGAUUUCAAUCAGCAGUGAAUGGCAGGCACCUGUGUGUAGUUAAGCUCUCAGUCUGAAGUUGGCUACCGAGUGUUUCUGGUGAUUAUUUAAGUGGCGUUCACACAAAGGCCAGAGAAGGUUCAGCUGACAAGCUAAAUGGCCUCCUGGGUUUGUGCAAGCCAGUUGUUCCUGGUUGUUCUGUUCAGCUGGAGUGUCCACAAUGUUCCUGUUCAAAAUGGCUGGGGACAGUCUUCCAUGAGAACUGGGAAGGUGAAUCCUGGACCCCAAAAUACUAAGCCUGAAGGCUUCCGUCCAAUGUCUUCUAAUCCAGCUGGCACUUCUGUAUCAUGGGUGGUUGUUAGACCCCAACGCAAAAGCUCAUUUGUGCGACCCUCCAAUCAAAUACUCCCUGCGGUCUCUCUAGUGCCUAACCCUCCCAAACUCCUUCCUGCUCUGAAGCCAGAAGGACCUGCUAGUAUGUGGCCAACUGAAGCACCAAAGGAGCUUCCUCUCCCUGCUUCUGAUCCUGAAGGCCUUGUGGUGUCACUGCCAGUUGCAUCUCUGACAGAUCUUUCACCCCAUCCAAAACUACAAAAUCCUUUUGAGAUUCUAGAAAUCACUCCUCCUCCCCCUCAAAAUCCUAAAGAGUCUGCAGUUUCAGUUGUUGACCGUCCUGAAAGUCUUCCUUUGCCACCUUCAAAUCCAGAAGGUCCCAAGGUCUCGUUACUGGUUGACCCUGCAAAGAAACUUUAUUUUCCUUCCAAUCCUGAAAUGCCUCUGGUCCCCUGGAAAGUUGGCCGUCCUAAAAAUGUCCCCCCUCCUUCAGUUCUAGAAGGGUCUGCAGAUAACUGGUUGGCUGAUCGUUUGCUAAAGGCUCAAAUCCUCCCUAAUACCAAAGGCACUGAUACUCCCACAAAAGAAAUGGUUGCUCAUCCACCAACCUCAGAGGAUGCUGCUGUAAGCUGGGUGGUUCAGCCUCCCAAAAGGAAGUUGCUUCUUCCAAGUCCAGAAAGUGCUGAUCCUUUGGGGUUGACCACUGACGAGCAUGAAAGCGACCCAUUCAGAGCUGCUGUUGCACAACUUGGUGAAAUGCCUCUAGACCGCUUUGCCUCUUACCUUCCACUCACACCUGACCUCAACCUUCCACCUGUUGAGUCAGAAGACUCUUCUCUUUUGAAAGGAGGCCCAGAGCAAGGAGUAUCAGAGGGUGAAACUGAGCCCCUUGCAUAUCAAGAAUCCUCUUAUCAGGGUGGCGAGUUGAGCCGCUAUGCCUCCCUCUUUGAACAUGGGGUCUCGGAGCAUGAAACAGAAGACUACGUCAUUCCAGUGUACCUUUACGGUGCAGGAGGGAUGCCAAUUGGAGUUAUGCCACUGCCAUACCUGAACCAGGUUGUGCCGAACAUGUUUUACUUCUUGAAUGGGUGGCUUCCUCAUGGUACUGUGUCACAUGUGCAGACAGACUAUGAGGCUGGCGGAGACUAUACAACUCAAGUUGGCUAUGAAAAAUACCCCUUCCCUGCAACUGAAGGCCCUGGUAUUGACAGCCAAGCUAAGGUUUCUAGCUAGCACUUGUAAGCUUACUGAAAAGAUGACUAUCCAGUACAGAAUUAGACAAUUGAGGGUUAAAGGCAGCCAUAGCAAUUUCUGCAGUUUACACCCAUGGUCUUGACUUGAAGUGUUUUAAAACUUGUAAUAAAGGAGGAAAAAAGCAA